CUGGCAGGGCUGCAGGUCCUUGGUGGACUGUGGGGAAGGGCAUGGGGAAGGGCAAUGGAAAAGGGGAAUGGGCACCUGAUAACCUUUUCUCUUUUUUCUUCCACUUGCAGAAAAAGAGGAGGGCAGCCACUGCCCGUCGGCAGCACCUGAAGAGUGCUAUGCUCCAGCUUGCUGUCACUGAAAUAGAAAAGGAAGCAGCUGCUAAAGAAGUGGAGAAGCAAAACUACCUGGCGGAACAUUGCCCUCCUCUGUCGCUCCCAGGAUCCAUGCAGGAACUUCAGGAGCUGUGCAAAAAGCUUCAUGCCAAGAUAGAGUCAGUGGAUGAGGAGAGGUAUGACACAGAGGUGAAGCUACAGAAGACUACAAAGGAGCUGGAAGACUUGAGCCAGAAACUCUUUGACCUGCGUGGCAAGUUCAAGCGGCCGCCGCUGCGCAGGGUGCGCAUGUCGGCUGACGCCAUGCUGCGGGCCCUGCUGGGCUCCAAGCACAAGGUCUGCAUGGACCUCCGAGCCAACUUGAAGCAAGUGAAGAAGGAGGACACUGAGAAGGAGAAGGAUCUACGUGAUGUCGGUGACUGGAGGAAGAACAUUGAGGAGAAGUCUGGCAUGGAGGGCAGAAAGAAGAUGUUUGAGGCUGGCGAGUCCUAAGCACCUGUGUCUCCACAGCAGUCCUCCUCUCCCCGCUGUCCCUGCUGCCCUGCCAGGCUCAGGGGCACUGACUGGGUGCCCUUUCUCUCUAGUUUUGCGAAGAGCUGCAUCAUGGCAGCAGUGAUGUAAAUAAAGCUUUGGUGGGAGA